AUGGAGAAAGACGCGUGUGUCCGUGAGGCAAUUCAACACUUAUGCACGGGUGGCAUGGUGCUGGGGUAUGGUCAUAAACAGAGGCCUGAGUCUAUCUAUGGUAAUCCAGGGUUGUACCCUGGUAUGUUCCCUUGGUUUUUUCCAUACGGCAAAGGUGGAUUUCAGAAUGAGGCCAUGACAAAGUGGAUGAGUAGACAAGAGCAUGCACACCACCUUUUGAUGUAUCAUGACCGUCAUUUUCAACGUGAUGAGUAUUUCAUUUUCCUGGUUUUUAGCCAGAAACAGAUAGUGGACAGUAAUUCAGGUGGGUACAUAUUGUCCGAGAGGAAACAUUUUGAUAGCAUCAGUCAGAAGAUAUGUAACUUGGACAUUCGAUUGCUA